AGAAGAGAUCAGGAGCCCAGGAGGACAGGACCAGCCAAACAGCGGCUGACGACAAUAAGAUUGGCUGUUCUUACAAGUGGCCAAGACACACUGUUUAUACCAAGGCCGGGAUCAACAGUGAAAAAAGUUGUAGUGCCACUCUCCAUGCCAGAAGCUGCUUUUAUUGAAAAAAUAAGAGAAGAAUUUCCUGCUGUACAAGGUGACUUUUGCCUUUUCAGAGUUGACAGACAGAGGAGAAUCCUCCGACUGGAGCUUACUUCAGUCUGUCCGGCUGCUAUAAAAGCCUGUUCUGUGCUAAGAAGAUCAGCCGUUUACAUCAGAAAAAUGGAAAAUGGGGAAGAAGAGGUCAGGAAUGUCCACAGCAUGGGGGAUGGAAUGCUGGAGGAAAACCAGAACAUGUUGGAAGAACAAAACGGGUUGGAGGAAGAGGAACAAAACUUGGAGGUGGAGGAGGAUAAGCAAAAUGGGUUUAAUGAAGAGGAGCAAGACAGAUCAGGGAAGGACAUUUUCAUAGAUCCGGAUGACAACCAGUCUGUUGCAAGAGAAAGUACAGUCUUGCUGCAGUGGCGUGCCCUGCGUUGCCAACAGGAUGAAGAAUAUCAAGUUUCUCUGCAAAUAGACAGAGAAAGGGAGAGAAGGCGAAGGCAACUCCUGGAGCGUGAACUAAGAAGAGUACACGUAAUAAAUACAAGAAAUGAAUGGAUUGAUUCCAUACCAGAGCCUGAAAAUGGGAUGGUCAUUCAGUUUAAAUAUCCUGAUGGUGGCUUAAAAAGGAGGCGCUUCCUACCAAGUCAGCUAUUUCAGGAUUUAGUUGCCUUUGCAGGUAAUGUAGACAUGGCCAGUGAAAUAUUUUCACUCCAGAAAGCUAUGUCUCCUAUCUCAAUCCUGAGUACCCAAAGAGGUUCACUAGCAGACAAUGGAAUCACUGCACAGUGUACUUUGUACAUUCUGUGGAUGUCAGGGGAUGAAGUGGAGAAUAUUAUAUCAAAUUCAUCCAUAGCAAGUGGCCCAUACCCAGUUGCACCAUCUACCACCUUUUCUCCUGCUCCUUCUCCGCCCACCACGAUCACCACCAUUUCUCCUGCCCCCUCUUCACCCAUCCCAGCCCCCAUAUUUUCUCCUGCUCCUUCUCCACCCACCACAAUCACCACCAUUUCUCCUGCCCCCUCUUCACCCAUUGCAGCCCCCAUAUUUUCUCCUGCUCCUUCUCCACCCACCACUAUCACCACCAUUUCUCCUGCUCCCUCUUCACCCAUUGCAGCCCCCAUAUUUUCUCCUGCUCCUUCUCCAUCCCAGAGUCCUUCAUUCAGUCCAUUAAGCCCAGACCAGGAGGAUAUUGAAGAAGCUUUUGACAUUGCUGCUGCACUGCUGACUCUGAAGGCAAGGGUUCACCAUCUUGCUCCUACUGCCAAUCAAAUAAACGUUUUUCGUGAUGAAGAGUUUGAAUGUGCUCUAAGAGCUUUCAACAGGCCAACCUUUGACCCUGAGUCAAAACUAGACAUCGUCUUCAUUGAUGAGGAUGGUCGAGGAGAAGGGGCCGUAGAUGAUGGUGGGCCUACCAGAGAGUUUUGCAGACUGCUUAUGGGAAAACUACAAGGGCACCAAAUAUUUGAAGGGCCUCCAGAAGAACGCAUCCUUGCACUUGACAGCAUUGCACUUCACACCAACACCUACAAAAGCGUGGGACAGAUGUUGUCUGUUUGCCUGAUCCACGGGGGAGUGUCACCUAACUUCUUUUCAAAAAGGCUUUUCAGCCAAGUCUUUGGUUUACCAUCUGGCCCAGCAACCAUUGAGGACGUGGUAGACCAUGGUCUCAGAGCUAAACUGGAGAAGAUAAACAGUGCAGAUACGCUUGAUGAUGCCAGGGAGGCUGUUAGUGAAACUGCUGAAGAGUUGGCGCUGAUGGGAGCUCUACGGCACCUCAGAUCCUUGGAGCACAGGAAGGAGUUGAUGGAAGCUGUUCUUCAGUUUUACUGUGAAGGCCGAAUCAAUGCAGCCCUCACACAGUAA